CACUACACUUUACAGAGGCACUGAAGGGCAUUUUAUACUCCUUCAGGAUAUUCCGUUACGUGAAAACUCUCGGGCUCCGUGUAACAAUGGAGGCAUAUUUACGGAGCUGUCGUGGCGUGCUUAAGGGUUGUAGUAAGAACAGCCCAGGGCUGCAUGUCGUAAUGGGAAAUGAGGCUUGUGAUAUGGACUCCAUGGUAUCAGCCCUGACCUUCGCCUACUUUCUUUCAAAGAGUCUUGAUUGUAAGAAGAUGCCGGUCCCUGUACUCAACAUCCCACGAGCUGAGUUCCCCUUGCGCUCUGACAGCAUCUUUCUGCUGAGAGAGACCGGUCUGUCGCAGGACUGCCUGCUGUUCAGAGACGAGGUGGACCUCCACGGCCUGCACAAGAAUAAACAACUGAUGCUGACCCUGGUCGACCACAAUAUUCUGCCCAGUGCUGACAGUGAACUGGAGGACGCAGUUGUGGAAGUGAUUGACCAUCACCUCCUACAGAGGCCCACAUCCCCCUCCUGCCCUGUCACUGUGGAGCCCGUGGGCUCCUGUGCCACCUUGGUUACAGAGCGCAUAGCCCAAAAAGCACCUGAGGUGCUCGACCAACAAGUGGCUCAGCUUUUAUACGGUGCCAUUAUCCUAGACUGUGUUAACAUGGCACCUGAGGCAGGCAAAGUCACCCCUAAGGACAGCCAGUACGCCGUCUUUCUGGAGAAACGUUUUCCCAAACUGCCUCAGAGGGGUGCUCUCUUUCAGUCGCUACAGAAUGCCAAGUUUGAUGUGUCAGGGCUCUCCACAGAACAGAUGCUGUUGAAAGACAUGAAAGCAGCAUCUGGUGGGGAUCUAAAAUUAGCUGUCAGUGUCAUUUACAUGACACUAGAGGCUUUUCUUCAGAGGCGUGGACUACAGCAGGACCUCUGUGAGUUCUGCCACAAUCACAACUACAACCUGGUGGUUGCCAUGACAAUCUCUUUCAAUGACAACAAAGAGCCCUUCCGACAGUUAGCCGUCUACAGUUCCAGCACUGUCUACAGGGAAGAGGUACUCAGUGCUUUAUACCAAAGACUAUAG